AUGAGCGUGCCCAAAUGAUAAAGCCAAGGGAGCAGAUUGUGGGAGUUGUUUUUAUCAUUACAAUUCUAUAUUCAUUUAACUAUUAUUCCUUGUAUUUGAGUCUGUUCAUAUAGGUUGUCUAACUGUUAGUACCAUGUACCCUAGAGAUGGCGGUAGAGCUGCAGAGGUUCCGAAUCUAUUGGAGUUUUUUUUUGUAACGGAAGACAGUCUUCCAUGAUACUUGUAACAGUACACACGGCUCACGAAUUCAAUGCAAUAUACUCAUAUAUUUUAUCUCUAAACUGAUUGAAGAUUAUUAGUCAUUCCCUACAAUCGAUCCAACAUUCUUCCUCUUUUCCAAAUUAUAAUAGUAUUUGUUUUAUAAAUUAUGCAUGCAUAUAAUUAUCUUUUAACAGAAAAUACAUUUAUAAUACAAAACCAAGAAAUUAUUCCACUACAUGAUUAUGUACAUUUACAAAAAGGAGUGCGCAAUAAUUUACUAACAAAAGAUUUACUUAUAAAAAAUAAAGACUGUGAAGAGUUUGCAUCUUGGAAUGACAUUAUUAUAGCAUACGAAAUGGAUAAAUAUUCAUUUUUUAAACAACGACAGUUGCCAAAAUUAACUGAUAAACAUGUAUUUCCAGAAUUAAUUCCAAAAAUGAAGGUUAAAUAUGCUACUCAAGUGCUUAGUCAUACAUUAGCAAAUUUUAUAGAUGUUGUAAUGACUUUAAAUCAAGGUAUUAUGAACACAACAAAAUGCCAAAUGCAAUUACCGCAAAGUGCAACUGGAAAAAUAAUUUUAUUUUUCGAUGAACUCUUUGAUUCUUUCAACGGACAAAAGGAAUAAGGACUAACAAGUAUUAUAAGUGCAACGAGCAAUCAUAUAGUGUUUUGGAAAAAGGCACAGGACAAACUUCGCCGAAUGAAAUACGUGGACAAAAUUACUCAUAAACCUUUACGACGUAAUAAUCCAAAAUGUCUCACUAAUUGGAUUUGGACUAUACAAGGCAGCAAAUAUUUGUGGGAUGUACUUCAAAAAAGUGGCUUUGAACCAUUUAAUUUAAAAAAUAUCAAUCAGGAUCCUAUUGAAAAUUAUUUUAGUCAAGUAAGAGACUUUGGACAUAGAAAUAAUAAUCCAUCACCAUAUUAAUUUUAUGCCUGUUUUACAACUCUUAUUGCAUCAAAUUUGACAUCAAGGCAUUC